GGAUCAGCGGGUUCAACUAACCCCAGAGGUGUACAUUGAAAGUCGGAAGUUGUGCAGAUAGUUUCAUCAAACUUGGCAAAAUGGCAGAAGACGACAGCUAUGAGUCAAUGCUCUGUGUAAAACCUGAGGUCCAUGUUUAUCGGAUCCCGCCGCGGGCGUCUAACCGUGGAUAUCGGUAAGAGAAAGGAGAAACUUUAGUGAUCAACAAGAGCCGCUGAACAAGCUAUUUCAACGGAAGCAUGCCUAUUAUCGGACAACCACCGAGUAGGAUGAGAGCAAUGGGCUACUCUUCUGUGUUUCGAUGGUCACUGACCACAUAGUCAGUGACUGAAAGCCUUUAGCAGACAUGAACCAGCUGAGACUGAAUCCUGGAGCUAGGCAGAAAAUAACGCGAGCUUUAUUUUGGAGCACAAGUCUGCGGCUGUAACUUUAUCUGCGUUCAGCAACUGGACACCUCCGUCCUGACUUUGUCCACUAAGUCCUCACCUACAGCAGGUUACACCCGCUCACAAGUAUUACUACAAGUGGUGAGAAAACAGGAAUUUAGCACACUUAUAAGUGUGCCUGUACAAGUUAAAAAUGGCCGUGUUAGUGUGCCCUGUUAUUGGUGAAGAGUCAGUGCAGAGUCAGAGUGCGCUCAAGAGCUAGUUUAUCAAAUCCAGGGGCGUACCCAGACUUUUGGACCGAGGGGGCUCAACUGGUGUACUACUUUUGAUUAGAUUAGACUUGGAAACAACGGGCCAACCCGUAAAAACUUUGUGUUAAACAUAAAAGGGGAUGUGUUUUUCUUUUCUGAGUAAACAGCCUUGAAAAUAAUUUUAAUUACACUCUGUUGUCAGACAUUUUCCUCUCAGGAGAACACUGUGAAGCAACAUGGUAGCACUAAACUGGUUGGAGAAUUAAAUUAGGGUUGUUUUGUACAUGUGAUAUGAGUGAAACAUUGUUAAUAAGCCUGAUCAAUGUAAAUAAACAGUAAUAUACUAUAAAAGAAUAAACAAUAGGUGGAUGAUACCUGCAAAUCCUUUGCAGACUAUUGUAUUUAUCAAAAUAGUUUUCAUUUUAGAAUCAUUUAAUACAAUGUUCACUUAUAUUUCGCAACUACACUCUCAUUUGUUUGCAUCAUUACCAGAUCAUAAUUGAAUAUACCCCACUGAAACAGAUAACAUAGUAUUGUCAAUAAGAAAGAUUUUAAUCAGAACAGCAACAUUUGAUCUUAUAUUCACCUAAUGACCUUUGGGGUGGCAUAAAAUAGGCUGCGAGUGCACACAGGAUAGCAUAAACACACAUGAAUAUAACAACUACUAUUACUGGUCUAAAUGUAUGAGUAUAAAACGUAUUGUACAGACUUUAUUUGUCCUAUACAUUUUCAGAUUUGAAAAGCGAACCAAGACCAACAUAAUUUUGAUGUUGUAAUCUGAAAGGAUUGAAGAACACUAUGUCCAAUUUUACAAUGGGAGGUACUUAAAAAUUACAAGUAAACUAUUACCAUUACUAUUAAUAGUAUUAGUUUGGAACAUAUAUAUUAAUUACUGUUAGAUAGAUUAAUGUUGGAGUUAUAUCUUGCAAUCAUCCAGCCAACUCGAUGGGAUGAAAAAUAGAUAAAAGAGCCGAUAAGUGUGUCAGUUUUUCACAGUACAGAACUUUCAAAGUUGUUUCAGCUGUCCUUUAGCGGAUUUUUUUUUCCUGUAGACUGCCGCAGAGAAAUAGAUCUCUUUGUACAUCAACUCUCAACUUGUUCUUCCUGAUUUUUUUUUUUUUAAUUUCACUUCCUUGUACUGUGAAAAACUGCAGCUGCCCAUGUAAAAACGGUGAGCCCUCUCAGUGAGUGAUAAGUAGACAAAACCACUGACAUAAUCAGAAGUGUGUUUCCUGUUUUUGUAGAGCUGCUGACUGGAAGCUGGAUGAGCCUGCCUGGAGUGGAAGGAUGAAAAUCACAGCUAAAGGCAAAAUGGCCUUCAUUAAGUUAGAGGACAAAAACACAGGUGAAAAAAAACAAAAAUGCAGCUGAUACUGAUUUUAAUGUGUCAGUGUGCACAUUAUUCUCUAAAGGUAACCUCUUAAAAAAGCUCUGUAAAGGUUUGCCAAAUGUGUAAUUUCAUCAUAACAGUAAAGCGUGGUACGAUCACGGCAGCGUUUUAACUGUUUGGUGUAAAUAUGUUUUACGCAGGAGAGUUGUUUGCUCAAGCUCCAGUCGAACAGUACCCUGGCAGUGUUGUUGAAGCGGUAACAGACUCAAGCCGGUAUUUCGUGAUCCGGAUAGAAGACGGCAAUGGUAAUCCCAUUUCAUCAGACCUUUUUCCAAUGUUAACAGGAGAAAAAUGUAUUUUAAAAAUGAGUGUACAGACACAUCAUAUCUGCAUUGAGGCCGGUAACCUUUUCAAGCUGAGACUCAAGCUUUGUUUGUUUGUUUGGCCUUUGAUUUAAAAUUAUUGUGACCCAUAAUUUUUUAGAUUUAGCCAACAUUUCCACUAGUCACUUUGAUUUUGAAAUAUAAUAUGCUGUUUUAUUUUAAGUGGUGUUUUGUUUAAUUAGGUCUUUAAAUGUAAGACAGUAUUUUUCAUGUUUCAAAUGUGGUGUAAAUGGUUCCCUAAUGUGUCUUUGUCUUUACAAAUGGUGCCAAAAAGGGCGACACGCUUUUAUUGGCCUGGGUUUUGCUGAUCGUGGAGACUCAUUUGACUUCAAUGUAGCUUUACAAGACCAUUUUAAGUAAGUUUUUCUUCUAUCUCUGAUUUCUCUCUUUCUAAAAUUACCUGAAAAACUGUGUCUGUACAACCUGAUACCCUGAUACCUGACAAGACUAUGUUUGCAUGAGUUAUUUUGAUUAAGAUCAUUUUAGUGUGUAGCUUUAUAAACAGACCAAACCAUAAACCUUCUCAAGUUGUUUUGUUUUUGACUGUAUCUGGGUACUGUAGCAACUCUGUCUGAGCAUUCGAAAUAUUUUAAUUGAUAAUCUCUCUAUGUUUAAAACUCUGUUCCUAUAGAUGGGUGAAGCAAGAAGGUGAGCUUGCAAAACUGGAAGCUACUCAGAGUGAAGCACCAAAGUUGGACCUCAGCUUCAAAGAAGGACAGACCAUCAAGAUCAGCAUUGGGGUGAGUAUUCAGCACCAACAGCACAGAAGUAGAGGUACUAUUUAGGAAUAAAAUGAAAUGGUUACAUAUAAAACUAACUUAUGAAGGAAAUAAACCCAAAUUUGAUGGUGGCAUGUGAACAGAAACUGCUAUUGUUGUUCCUAACACAGAAUAUCAAGAAAAAGGAGGCAGGAGGUGCCAAGGCACGACCUAUGGGUGGGGGUUUGCUCCCUCCGCCACCAGGUGCAAAGGCUGGAGGGUUCCUCCCCCCUCCUGUGGGACAACAAACAGUCCCAGCUGCACAGUCUAACCCUGGUAAUCACUGAACUUUGGUAUUAGACAACAUUUCUUUUAACAUCCUUACAUGAUUUAAGCAGUCAUCAGUGUACGAUUGUGUUCUUCCAAAUCCAGCCCCUCUUUUAGACUUCGGUUCCCCGGUCCCUACAGCUCAGCCCAGCUCUGACCUAUGGGGGGACUUCACAUCUGCUGGAUCCAAGUGAGUUUGAAAUAAAAAUGUCACGUAAAAAGUAAAGGUUCAUGACAAAAACCUUCCCCGCUGUCAUUAUCGUCAUCAUCACACUCAUCCCUCUCCUCCUCCUCCACAGCUCCAGUAAAGACGCAGCGAGUUCAGGAUGGGUGCAGUUUAGCUGAGUUCUGAGAAAGCGUGCAUGUGCUCAGGUUGCAUACAUUCCAAGGACAGGACGAUCAGAAGGAAGAGAAACUAAGAGGGAGAGCUGUUAGCAAACUAGCUCAUUCACUGCACCUUUCUACAAAGAGACUGUUCAUAAACAAGUGUAAUCCACCGACCAACAAACUCUGGAGGAUCAAACCGUAAAAUGAUCAUAUUUUUUACAAUCAGAAUCGAUUUCUACACUCUGCUAUGCAACCAGUGGAACUUUUCUUUACUCUGUACCCUGCCUUUGUGUCAAGCACUUGUUUUCAGUGAUCCCUUCACAUCAGCAACACUCAUCUCAAUGUUGUUUCAACCUUUUGGGAAAUUAAAGGUUUACCCAUUGAAGUACCCAUGUUUUAUGUAGAUGUAUACCAGUGUGUGUGCUCGUUGUUUCUGUAUUUUACCCAUUCUUUUAGGAGAACCUUUUCAUUUCUAUUGAGUUCUGAUUGGUGAUAAGUUAAACUUCUUUCUGCCUUCAUCCAAAACUACCCAAACUCUUUUUUUAAUAUUGGAAAAAAAGGCAUUUUGUCCAUAGUUCAAUGUUUGGUUCUGUCCAUUUGUCUUUGUAGUGUUGCUUCUUAUUUGUCUUUGCCUUUUGUGUCGUCCCUUUUUACAUGUGCCUUUUACCAAAUUGAGCUUUCCUUAAUCUUUAAUGCUAGUACGAAAAUUGAGUAUUUUGAUCAAGUGCCUUCCUGGAAAGAAAUGAUCUAAAAUUCAAAAUGGUAUGUCUUCUUGUAAAUAAAACAAUAUAUUUCACGG